GUCGACGAAGUAGAACUACACCCUGAACAUAGUUACUUCGUGCGUUACUCGUUGUAUCGAAGAUACGGAGAGAAGAGGAACAAUUUCAAGCAAGUUCGGGUAACGAGUAACGAUACAAGUCAGCAAGUGAUCUGAAGCGGACUGCAUCAGUGAACAGUAAAAGGGGUGUGCGCCCCGGUUACUUAGAUACAAUUGUGAUUAUUACAUCUGACAAUAAAUUUUAAUUUAUACUAUAUGAAUUGGAAAUAAUACGUGAUCGAGAUAUGGGAGGAUUACUCAGUUAUUUUCGUAAUUUACUCGGCAGCCGGGAAAUGCGAAUUUUAAUUCUAGGCCUGGACGGAGCCGGAAAAACUACGAUCUUGUAUAGGUUGCAAGUUGGUGAAGUGGUUACAACAAUACCCACUAUAGGAUUUAAUGUAGAACAGGUCACGUAUAAAAAUUUAAAAUUCCAAGUAUGGGAUCUGGGAGGUCAAACUAGUAUACGACCAUAUUGGAGGUGUUAUUACUCGAAUACAGAUGCAAUAAUUUAUGUCGUGGAUUCUGCAGAUAAGGAUAGGAUAGGCAUAUCAAAAGAUGAAUUAAUUUACAUGUUGAGGGAAGAAGAAUUGCAAGGUGCCAUUUUAGUGGUCCUGGCAAAUAAACAAGAUAUGGCAGGGUGUUUAAGUGUUGCAGAGGUGCAUCAGGCGCUUGGAUUAGAUGCUCUUAAAAACAGAACGUUCCAAAUUUUUAAGACAUCUGCAACUAAAGGUGAAGGACUUGAUCAAGCAAUGGACUGGUUGUCGAAUGCAUUGCAAAGUAAAAAAUGAUUAACAUCAUUAAAACAAUUUUCUACUCAAGCCUUCUUAAGAAGACUAGUCAUAUGACUGUCAAAUUGUACAACCCACACAGAACUGUUGGGCACGUUUCUCUUGUUCUGUCUAUUUAUUACAACUAUAUUUUAAAUAGUCUUACAAAUUAUAUGAGAAGACAAUUCUUUUGAUUUACCACGAUUUUCGUAAUGUGAAGCAAGCCAAUAAAAGCAAACGAAACUUUUAUCUUUCAACUUCAAAUAAAAUAAACAUAGAGGUUUGAA